AUGGAUGAACAAAUUAUUUUUACCACGAACUCUACUGGGAGUAUCACGAACGUCCAUUCCUAUGAGCAAGCCAAUCUAAGACAAUGUUCAGUUGCUUCCAGGAACAGUGCUGUCAGGGUUGGUGAAAAAUAUUUAUUUGUAGCACAAGCCCAAAAAUCAUUGAUCCAUGUAUACAGUGCUAGUUAUAAUUCUCAAAGAGAAUCCGUGGAACAAAGAUUGCCACUACCUGAAAAAGUCAACUGUUUGGAAGUAGUUGAGAAUAAUGCCUCAAUAUAUAAUGGAGCCAAGACCCACGGUAAGUUACACAAUUUGCCACAAUUGAAUUUACCAUAUUUGUUAUUAGCCAGUACAGAAUCUGGUAAACUAUAUAUUUGGGAAUUAAACUCUGGGAUUCUAUUGAAUGUUAAACUUGCGGCUCAUUAUCAAGCUAUCACUAAGAUUAAGUCUGUCAUGAAUGGUAAAUAUAUAAUUACAUCUGGUAAGGAUUCUCGUGUUAUAAUAUGGCAAACUAAUGACUUAGUAUCACAGGAUGAACCUAAACCUGUUGCUAUCUUACAUGAUCAUACUUUACCAGUGACUGAUUUUGAAAUUUCAUCCGUACACGGAGAGGAUUUAUUUACCAGUGGUGUUAAAUUGUACACUGUAUCAAAGGAUUCUACUUUAAGAUGUUAUGACUUGAGUACAUUGGUUAAUCAAGGUAACAAUAAGAGCACCACCAGACAAAGAAGAUCCGAGGAUAAAGUACAAUUAUUGGCUACUUUCACUUUACCUUAUCCAAUCGAAUGUAUCAGUUUAGAUCCCGCCGAGAGAGCUGUCUAUUUAGGUACUCAAGUUGGAUGUUAUGCUUUAUCAUUAUAUUAUAAACUGAAUGGUAACAAGAUAUUAAACUUAUUACAACCAUCUUCUAGUAAUCAAGGUAGUAUUUACUCACUUAUUGAAGAACCUACCGAUAUUUCUUCGAAGAUCAAUAGAGAUGCAUUAUUCUCCAAGAAUCAACUUAUAUGUAAUAAGUUACUAGAGGAUAGUAUUGUAUGUUUAAAGGUUUCAAUGGAUGGAUCAAUUUUAUUAGUAGGUGAUAAACAUGGUAGAGUUCAUGUUACUGAAAUAUUCUCUAAACAAGUAUUGAAGACGUUACAACCAUUAACUACUUCACAAGCAAUGAUAGGUGAAGUUACGAAUAUUUUAUUAAGUACAUAUUCUACAGCGGAUAAUGAAAAAUUGACUUUAACAAUGAAUAAGAACAGUCAUCAAAAUAAGAAUAAUGCCGGAGGUCUUGAAAAAUUACCUGCAUUACAAAGAGUCAUCAUUGACAAAGGACAAUCUAAUCAUCCUCACGAUGUAUGGUAUCAAAUUGGUGAAGAAUACGAGGGACCAAUUGGUAAUUCUACUCAAAACUCCAUGUCAUCACCAUUGAACAAUUUAGAAGAUUAUUUACUGAAUGUUCAAACCGAAGAAAACGCAUUUAUGGAUCAUUCUGGAAUCUCUAGUGACAUAAUUACGCCAGCACAACAAGCUCAUAUUACAAAUACUACCAGUAAUGAUAGACAAGAAGAAAUCGAUGCUCUUAAUCAAAAGGUCACCUCACUGACCUCAGCAUACGCUGAAUUAAGAGAGAUCCAUGAGAAAUUGUACGAGCAACACCAACAACUUCAAAAGUGA